AUAGUUUUAAGGAAUUAAUGAUAGUUUUGAGUAAAACACUGGGGAUUUAUGAUAGUUUAAAGAAAAUGUGAGACUUUUUGUGACAUUAUUGCAACAGUAAAUAAUAAAAACCAUAUUCUGAUGAUAGAAAAUGGUGUAAAAACAUAAUGUUUAUGGUAGCGAAAGGAGGAGGAGAAAUUACGGGAGAAAAAGCGAUGUCUCCGGUGUAAAUCUUGGCGUGAUGUUUUUAUUUAAUAAAGUUGUUCAUUUUUACAGGAAUGUUGACGCAUAGAGAUUAAAGCCAAACUGAUUAGGGUAAAACUCGGAUUAAAACUCAUGCAUUUUGAUAGUGUUUUAUUUUUUGUAAAAAAAUGUGAAGUCAUAAAGUAAGGAUUUAACAAGGUUAUGAUUAGAUUAUUAGAUAUUGAGGACAGACUGAAAAUAUCUCAAAAUUCAUGAUAAAAGUUAUAUUUCACCUGUUUAUUUUCAAAUCUGUAUCAUUUUACAGCUGUGUAUUGAAGUCAGGUGUGCAAAGAAAGGAUAAUUUUGUCUUCAUCCAGAUGAGUUUUUUACAUGGUUUUUAGACCUUCUUUUUUGCUUCAAAGUGGUAGUCAGACUGUGACCUUAUUUUUUUUUAUCAGAACCAAAACAGAUGAAUGUGUUUUUUUCCUUGAGUACCAGUCUAAGGAUGAGUUUUGUUGCUGUGGUAUCCAGAACAUAGACUGGUAUACAUGUGUGUUCAUUGAAGCAGCUGUUUUAUCUAUCUAGUCUCUUAGAAGUGGAAAAUUAUGAGGUAUAGCAAUCUGUUCUUUUGCUUGGAGCUGCAGUUAAACACAGUUUUCAUGUUAAUGAUUAUUUUCGAUCUGGAGUAAAAGAAAAUUAUUUACUGCUUUCAAAAAACUUUAUGACCAGGAAAUAAUGACAUCAUUGUCAUAUUAAACUGUCUUUAAAGCCUUCAAAUCUAUUACAUCCGAUGGGGAAUAAGCUGUGGUAAAUGCUGAAUGAAAUGCUGUUUUGCAAACAGACACCUGAAUGAAAUAUCUUUUUACGUGCAAAAUUUUUAUUGAAAUUCUAUAUUAACAGUAGUGAACUGGGUGGAUAAAGUGGCUAGACUUUAUUGAAUUUUUCACUUUAAAGUCAGUGAAAAGGAGGUUACAUCAAUGGGACUUACUUUACAUGGAUCUUCUUCUAUUUGUAUGACCUUUGUAACCUUACUGAUCUGAACAAAAAAAAAUUAAUGACAAGUUACCUGUGAGAAAUUCUGCAAAUGGUAUGAAAAGACAACUCUUAACACUUUCCGGAAUGAUUUUUUUCGCAACUUUUCUCCACAGACAAAUUGUUUUUGUUGCCUGUAAAAUAGCAUUGCGUGAACCAGUGUGAUACUUAGGAGAUUAAUAACAUAGAGUAACAGAACUAAAAGAUCUGAUUUAUCAGGCAUUACCGCAGGUAGAGUUGCUCAUUUGCAUAUAUUACCCAGCAGUCAUAGUUUGUUAAGAUACAGAGGAGGGUUUAUUACAUUCGAAAAAGUUCUUCCGAAGUUUUAAAGAGUGAUAUUUUAUAUUUCUUAUGUAAAUUUUGAAUUACGGAUACAAGUGUUUUUAGUUAAACGUUCAGUUUUAAUGGAAAAUACUUAUAAUUUGAGAGUUUAGAUAAAAUUAUAAAACCGAAACUUGCGGAGUAAUUUUAUAUUGUUAAAUGUAUUCGAAUUACAUUUGUCUCGAAAAAAAAAAAGAGAGAUAGAAACGGAUGUAGAGUUUCUACAGUACGAUGGAUAAAUUGCUGAAAAAAUGGAAUGGAUAAACUGCAGGAAUUAUUGCCACUCUAGCUGGGAUGAAACUACCCGAAAUUUAAAACUCCGGAUUUUCUUGCACUUUAAUUACAAUGGAUUUUAUGAUUUUAAAGGUAAAUGGUCGCGAUUUAUCUCAGGCAUCGCAUGAGGAGGCCGUUGAAGCAUUCCGUACUGCAGAAGAACCAAUAGUGGUGGAAGUCCUCCGUCGUGUCAAUAAAAAUAAAAUGAAAACACGCUCAACGCCAGCCAUGGUUUCUAUAGGAACACAAACAGAAGAGGAUAUUUAUGGAUAUAACAGACCACCGACACCUCCGCCAGCUUUCUAUCCAUUUCCAUAUAGCGGGUUGUUGGAACCGUCAUCACGGCGACCACUAAUGUUUUCACAGAGUACAGACAACAUGGGUCUGACAGAUAUCGAGAUGACACAGUUUGACUAUGAUGACCCGUAUUAUGAUGAACGGCAAUACGAGGUUGAAUAUGAGGAGGUGGUUCUUCAGCGACCGUCAGAUGAUGAGAAGCUAGGUCUGACGUUAUGUUAUGGACCAACUGAAGACGGUGUCACAGAUAUAUUUAUUGGAGAGAUUGAUCCAUACAGUGUAGCUGCUAAAGAUGGUCGUAUCCGAGAGGGGGAUCAAAUAAUACAGAUCAAUGGAGUUGAUGUACACAGUCGAGACCAGGCUAUCAAGUUGUUUUCCGAAAGAAGUGCAGAUAUUUCACUUUUGUUGGCACGACCUCAGAUGCAGUUUGAUGAUGGGUUUAUGGAGGAGCACAAUGUUGUACUUGAUGAACUUCAGAUGGAUAUUCUUGAGAAACAUCACCAUGACAACAUGCAGAUCAUGGCAUCUAUGUUGGCUCGAGGUCACCAUUUUGAUGAGGAAGGGGGAACAACUGAUACUGGUACUACAGAAAAUUCCUCCAAUAAACACGAGAAAGAUAGUGGUGUCGGACGUACAGAUGAGAGUACCAAAAAUGAUGAAAGCUCUGAACAGGAUGUCUUUGAUAAUGAGAGUAUGAUGGGAACCCGAAAAUCUGGGUCAUCUAAAGGCUCGCACAGUUACAGUGGAGAUAUAGGAGAACAAAAUUACAGUAACGACAGUUUUGUUUCCAAUGGUGACGUUUCAUACGAAAUACCAGACAAUGAAUGUAAUAGUAAAUUUCGUGAAGUGCUAGAACACCGCUGUGAUAUUAAUAAUUUAAAUCGUACAAGUUCGCCACGCAAAGACAAUUCUCGGAAAAGUUCCGAAAGUACAGAGAGUAGCAGUAUAGACAGAGAAUUAGCGCAGUUGAAUCGGGAAAUGGAGGGUAUUCAGAUGGAGUGUCAAGAGAUGGUGCAUAAUCAUGCACAAGUUAAAAGUCAGAAAGAUAUGGUGAAAUGUGAACGUGAUGGACACAAAACUCCUCGUAGUGUGCCACGUAUGGGAACUAGAAUGGACAAAGCUAAAACAGGAGUAAGUCCUGGUCCUGAGUCAUCUGAUAGUCUAGGAAGGAGAGAUACACCUCCAACUCCAAAAAUGGGACAGACUAGGUUCGGAAAAUAUAUCGAUAAAGACGGAAAUGUUUCAACUAGUGCCUAUAACACUGGUGAAAGUUGCAGAAGUACGCCACUGACACUUGAAUUGAACAUGGCUUCUGAUGAAGGUGAUAAAGGAUUUAAAAACUCGAUGUUGUGCUUAGCGACAACUGGAACAACCACUACAUCACCACUGCCGUCACAUAGCGACACAGAGAAGCAAACGCAAACACCCGCACCAAGGUCACAUGACUGUUCUAGUGAUGAAAAUUAUGUGUCAAUAGCAAAUGCAAAUAAUAUGAAAAAUGUUGAUGUUGAUAAAAAGACUGAAAAUGGAAAGAGUCAGAUGAAUUCGGGAGAGUCUUUACAAGAUUUAUACAUGCAAUAUGCCGAUGUUAUGUACACUAACCGUGCAAAUCUUGAACAUACAAUGCAGAUACAACAGAAGUUGUUUCAGCAACAGAUGGAACAAAAAACAUUGCAUCGCAGGAAACAAGGAAGUUCACCUUCAUCUAGAAAUGGUGGGAGUGUAAGUGGGUAUCAGUCACCAAACAAUUCUCAGCAGACGACGAAACAGGCCGAGCAGACACCACCAGACAGUGGGUCUGGUCAGAUGGAGUGGGUUGUAAAACGUCGACCAGAUGGUACCCGUUACAUCACUAGAAGGCCAGUACGGAGCAAAAUGCUGAAAGAACGUGCAAAAAAGAUUUCAGAGGAACGUUGUGGCAUGACUACAGAUGAUGAUGCAAUGAGUGAACUUAAAACUGGACGUUACUGGACUAAAGAGGAGAAAAAGCGUCAUUUAGAAAAAGCGCGGGACUAUAAGAAAAGGCGUGAAAUGAUGGCGCGUGCUAAAAUGGAAACUGUGAAAGAAGCUGAUGAAAAGAAAGACAUUGUUGAACUUAGUCAUAGAAAAAUGAUGAAACAUAAGGGAAAGAAAGUUUUUGAUGACUUUACUACUGUACAAGAAAUGUUAGCGCACGGUAGCAAAAGUAGUGAAGGCAAAGCGUAUAAUCCUCUGCUUUCUGUAACCACAGUGUGAUGUGACCUAAUUAAUUAAGUAAUCUAUUUUUAGCAUUAUGCAGUCAUGUGAUAUGGACACAAUGUGCUAUUAUUGUGAAAUGGAAUAUUCUUCCAUGUAUAUCAGAUAAAAAGUUUGCGAAAAAUGUAAAACCCGAAAGUUCAGAAAGGUAUUCGGAGAAAAAUACUUCUUGUGAUAUGUCUAGUAGCUUUUGUGUACACAUUUUAUACGUGACAACAUUUUGAUAUGGGUGCUAGGACGAAGGCAGAAAAUUCAUUGUACGUUGUCAUGGUUUCCUGUAUAUCAAAUGUAGGAAAUGUUCGUAAAAAAUUGUUUAUAAAUUCAUAUUGAAUUUAAUUAAUGAAAGGGGUCUUUAGAGAUGUUGUAAUAGUGCCAUUUACCAUACCCCAGUUGGAGGGUUUUGCUGCAUUACCAAUAUAGAAAGUCAUUUUGCCAUGUCGGCAACUUAUAAAUGUGAUCUCUAAAUCGGCAAAUUCCUUUGAUUGUCCGAUAAUUUUAUUCAAGUCUUGGAUUUGUUAGUAGUUUCUGUGGCCAACACUGGGGAACAAAUGAUUUAUUUCUGACUUAUGGAUUGGCCAGAAAUUGUGUUUUGUUCAAUGAUUAUGGUAAUUAUUUCCAUAUUGGGGCAAAAGUCAUUUUAGCAACGGGAAUGGUAAAUAGUACUGUUUUGGACUUGGGAUUGAAUGAUUAUACUAAUUUGGUCAAGGGGAUUUGUCAGUAGUUCUAUUUUGGCCAGUGAAUUGGUCAAUAGUUGUAUUUUGGUCUUAAUGUAUGUUAUCUGAUUACAUGAGGCAUAUUCACAAAAUGGUGCAAUAUUUUUAAUAUGUAAUUAUAAUAUAUCUCAUAUAUAUAGGAGGUCUGAAAUAGUCAUGGUUUGUUUUAAAGAAAUUGCAAAACAAAUUACAUAACAUGUUUAACAAAAUAUGGCAGGUAUUGAUUUUUUAUUUUUGUUUUUUACCCUUCCCACAUCUAGUCUGUGAGAUUUUUUGUAUCAAAAUUUACAACCAAAUUUCAUUUUAGAUAGAAAACUUCAAAGAUCCUUUAUCAUGGUAUAUUUUAGCAAUUUGAAAACUCUUGAUUAAUAGAUAAUCUUUCAGUUUAUAUGUCUCAUUUCUGAAAGUUUGUACAUUUGAAAGAUGCUUUCUGGAAUACAAUUUACUGGGGUGGAUGUUUCAUAUAUAUAGCUAUAAGAGAAGAUGAUUGGUUCCUUCAGUCAUUUGAUGUAUUAUUUUCUGGUUAAUUUAGAAAAUUAUUGAUGGAAAAAACACCAUAUUUAAUAUAUAAAAGGGGAGGUGUUGGAUGUAGGGAUCAAGAUGAAAUUUUGCGCAUGGGUUUGUAAAUUCAGAUUGCACAUUCAUGCAAAAUUUCAUUGUAAUCUCCUGUACAAGGACGGAUUAAAAAAAAAAAAAAUAGGCAUUUUCUAGUCUUAAGUUUCAGACAGAUGAAUACUGGCCCAGUAUGACAAACUGUGACGUCAUUUAUUUUCGUGUACACUAAAUUUCGUGGUUUUGGCCAAAACAGCUAGUUCAUGGGUUUAUGAAUAUGUGAAUUUCUAUUUUUGAACAUAAACUUGUACGUUGAGAUUUAAUUUCAUGGAUUCACCCAACCACAAAAUCUAAAAUUAGUCCCCCACAAAUAUUAAUGACUUCUUAACUUUCAUUUUUCUAGAAUUCUUUUUAUUGUUAGAAACUGUCAACAUUUAUCACUUCUGAUUGAUUUAAGUGGAGUUAUAAUGAAACUUAAAUAGCAAUGUGUAUUUUUGUUUCUGCUAAAUUUUAUUUCAUUGAAUAAUUUCAGGAACUGGUCAUCAUCUUGUUUUGGCAUAAGUUAUGUUAUAUGUGUAAUGUGUUGCAUAUAUACUUAGUAUUCAAGUAAUAUGUGAUAGAUAGUUGAUAUGUAUGUACAUAUGUGUAAUUGUAUAGGUGUACAAUGUGAGGUCAUGAACCUCAACUACUUUCCUGUUUCAGCCUCAUUUUUACCCAUCCCUUUACAUUUUGCCAGAAUGCUUCAUUUAUUGAUUAUUUGGAAUAUAAAGUACAAAUUUGAAGAACAAAAGAAUUGUAUUUCAAUAGUCAAAUUUUCUUGAAAAAGUGCUCUUUAGUUAGAUAAUGAGAAGAAAGGAAAAGUCAAAUAUAGAGUGUAUGGAUUCCUGAUUUUUGUUGUUGUAAAGACAUUGUUGCUAUGGAGAAGUUAAUUUACUUUGAGAAUUGGUCCAUUUAGACAUAAGAACAGCAAAUAUUCAAUUUACCAUAGCAUUUAAACAAAUGAAAAAUUAACUGAACUGUUUGACAUUGUAGUGUAGAAUAACCUUUCAUGUAAAUUUUCAUUAAAGUCUAUGUUAAUUUAAAAGUGACAGAGUAAAAAGAAAACUUAGCAUUUUAAAGUUAAUUCUAAAUAUCAGUCUUUAAGUUUUGAUGAAUAUCGACCCUGAUCUAGUUGGGAAGAAAAAAUAACUUUAUAUAGAGGUACAGUCAAACUUUGUUAUCUUGAACUCGACAGGACCAGCAAAAUUAUAAAUAUAUAUAUAUAUUCAAAGGGAUUUAGGGAUUGACAAUGAAUUUUCAAAUUAUCCGAAUUUGUGAAUAUUAAUUUGCAUCAUGUCCUGCAACACAUACUCGUGUUUCAGGAAUUCUUAACACAAAUGUGGCUGCCAACCAUGAAGUCAUUAAAUAAAGCCUGCAUGAAACUACCAAAUCUACUGUAAACAAAUGGUUAACUUGAAAUAAAAGCCCAAAAGAAAUACAACAGACACUUUUAAAUGAUUUUUUUAGUACAAGGUAACAAUGACGAAAAAAUGUUAAAUGAAUAUUUAGUCAAAAAAAUGGUUGAGAAAAUGCUUCUUCUCUCAUAUCUUCUUCCACUGUGUAAACAUAACCUCACAAAAAUUGAGAGGAAUGUCUUUGCAUCCUGAAUACAUUUGUUAAGACUUCUGUUUCUGUUGGGAAAUAAGUUUUGAAUACUUUCUGUGCAUUGCCUAGGGUAUUGUUGAAAGCCUUUUGUGAAAAUGGAUGUAUAUUGGAAUUGUGGUUUCUGUGUAAAUUUAACUAUUUCAGUCACUUAUGGUAUAUAAUGGAAUUACACAUUGUAAUCAUUUAUGUAAUUGUAUAUUAUUGAUAUAUAUUUAUUCAUAAACAUGUUGACUCUCAUGUGAGAAUGAAUGGAUUUAAAGAAAAAAAUAAAUUAUUGUUUUAUAUUCAA